ACGCGCCGGAUCAACAACACCCGACAAAAUCGACUUUCAAGUUCGGCCCGAACCCAAGAGUCCCGGAGCUCUGAAGAUGGCUUCCAAGAUCGCCGCCACGGCGGCGAAGGUGCCAGCGAAGGCGAAGGGGCAGUGCAUCUGCUCGCCCACCGACCAUCCUGGCUCCUUCCGGUGCCGCCUCCACCGCGCCAGCGGUAUGCCCAGGUCGGUCUCGUGCCAGCAGUUCGGCGACCCCCACACGGCGAGCUCCCCGCUGCUCUGCUCCGGCCACAUGCCGAGGUCGGCAUCGCAGCAGCAGUUCACGACUCCUUCCGGCUCCGGCAUUUUGAGAUCGGCGUCCCAGCAGCAGCUCCCGCGCACCGCAGGUGUGCCAAGAUCGGCAUCGUGGCAAGAUUUUGCUCAGAAGAACUGAUCAAACCUCCUGAACCAGGCUGUUCUUUUUUCAUAGCUUAAGUUCAGAAACUACCUAUGUAACUUUUUUUUAGAAUUUUUUCCCUUGUUUGAAGCGCUAGAUAGUUGCAACUAGAGCUGCAAUCUUAGGGCGAUAUAAUUUUAGA